AUGACCAAUCUGAACGGAACAGAGCCCAAGAUGAAACGAUACGCCUUAAUCGGAACCGGCGGCCGCGCCAUGUUCUUUUAUACGGCCAUCGUGCGCGACUUCGGCAGCACCGCCCAGCUGGUCGCUUUCUGCGACACAAACAACACUCGCCUGGCUUACGCAAACAGUCGCAUUGAGGCACUAGGCCACAGCGCCGUUCCUACCUAUCUGGCCGCGGACUUCGACCGCAUGAUCGACGAGACUCGCCCGGACGAAAUCAUCGUGACCACGAUCGACCGCACACACCAUCAAUACAUCGUCCGCGCACUAGAACGUGGAUGCAAUGUUGUCACCGAGAAACCGAUGACGAUCGAUGCGCCGCGGUGCCGACAGAUCAUCGGCGCCGUCGACCGCACCCAGAGACAGGUGCGAGUCACCUUCAACUACCGGUAUGCACCGCAUAACACCAAGAUCGCGGAGCUGUUGAACGCGGGGGUGAUCGGAGAUGUCAACUCCGUGCAUUUCGAGUGGAUGUUGAAUACCUCGCACGGGGCGGACUAUUUCCGCCGUUGGCAUCGCGAUAAGCGCAACAGUGGCGGGUUGCUGGUGCAUAAGUCUACGCAUCACUUUGAUCUGGUGAACUUCUGGUUGCGGACGAAGCCGGAGACGGUGGUUGCUAUGGGCGAUCUACGAUUCUAUGGGAAGGAAAAUGCGGAGCGGCGGGGGGAAACGCGGUUUUACUCUCGGGCCCGGGGCAGUGAUGUGGCUAAGGAGGAUCCCUUUGCACUAGACCUGGAGGGCAAUGAGCAGCUGAAGGCGCUCUACGCGGAUGCUGAAUGGGAGGACGGGUACUAUCGCGACCAGAGUGUGUUUGGUGAUGGCAUCAAUAUUGAGGAUACCAUGGGGGUGAUGGUGAGGUAUCAGUCCGGGGCCGUGUUGACGUACAGUCUCACUGCGUAUGCGCCCUGGGAGGGGUUUCGGGUGAACUUCAAUGGGAGCAAGGGAAGGCUGGAGGUUGAGGUGGUGGAGCAGUCGUAUGUGAACUCGGGAGGAGAGCAGGCUAUGGAGGGCGCGCUGGAGAGUCGCACCAUUCUCCUGCGGCCAAUGCUGGGCAAGCCUGUGGAGAUCGAGGUUCCAACGGGCCAAGGGGGCCAUGGUGGUGGUGAUCCCCAGUUGCUACAAGAUCUCUUUGGCACCCGGUCCCCCGAUCCGCUGAACAGAGCUGCGUCACAUUUAGACGGGGCAUGGUCGAUUGCGACGGGUAUUGCGGCAAAUGAGUCAAUGCGUACGGGGCAAGUAGUGCGUGUCAAUGAGGUUCUGCAGUUGUAA